GCGGUGUGGCAGCACCUCCUAGAGGAGGAGGCGACGGACUUGUUUGAGGGCCCGGAGGGGCAAGCAGUUGCCACCAUCCUUUUCGACCUGGUCAAGUGCUUCGAGCGGGUUCAGCUGAAGCACGUCUGGGCCUGGGGCGUUCGAUGGGGCUUCCCUCGUCGCGUGCUGCGCAUGCUGCUGGUCAGCCACUCCGCUGUCCGGACUAUCGCGGUGGAGGGAGCGCACAGCAGGACGGUGCAGGUGAUCUCCGCGAUCGUCCCCGACAGCCGGUUCGCAAUAGCUGCCCUGCACCUCGUCCUCCUCGAGCCCUGCGACGCCCUGGCGUCGCGCUGGCCGCAGCUCGGCCUGGGGAAGUACGUGGACGACAUCACCGUGCGGGCCCGGGGCAACGCGCGGCAGGUGGUGGACGACAUGGCCGACGGCGCGCAGUGGUUCGUGCGCACCGUGGAGUCCACGUCGCAGCUGGAGGUCAGCAUGGACCAGGGGGAGGUGCCGGGAAAAUCGGUAGGCCUCGCCACUUCCGCUUGGGUGGGCCAUAGGCUCGGCAUCCACAUGGAGCAGCAGGCGAGCCAGCUUGGCAUCGACAGGAAGGGCUGGAAAGGCCGCGGUCUGGAGGCGGCGAGGGCGCGCCGCCGCCUGUCGAGCCGGCGCCCGGCUCGCGAUCGCCCUCAGCGUGCUGGUCGCUUUCGAGUGCUCGCUGAACGCCGGCGCUUGGUCGUCAAGGCCAAGCGGUGGGGGGCCAGGGUGCUGUUGGUGUCCAAGGAGGUCGCACAACUCCGGAGCAACGUGAACGCAGCGCUUCCAGGUCGUUCGAGGCAUCGUUCGACGACGCUCAGGCUGGCGUGCUUCGGCGAGGACCCUGGCCCCGCCCUCACGUCAGCUCCGAUCGCAGCCUGGGCCGAGCACGUGUGGGACCACCCAGGCCCGUCUUCCACCAUGUCGGAGGCCUGGAAGCGGCAGCAGAUCCGGCUGCUGCACGACGAGUCGCAGUCAGCUCGGAUGGGGCCCGCCUUCUCGUGCGUGCUGGCUGCUCGUCGCUUGGGAUGGACGUGGCCGUCCUGGCGCACUUUCGUGAGCAGGGAGGGCCACAUCAUCGACUUGGCCGCGGUGUGUCCCCGGGAUGUCCAGGCCAUGGCGGAGCGCGACGCGGAGCUGCAGCAGUGGGAGGCCCUCCAGAAGUGGUUCCGGCGUUGGCAGCGCCGUUGGUGCGCAGGUGCGUCUGCUGCUGCCCGGAGCGUCUCCGCUGGGGCGUGGACGCAGAGCAGGGCUUGGCAAGCAGGAGCCGCGACGUUGCCUUGGUGCCAGCUUUGCUUAGCUGACGGGCGCGAGUUUGCCGGCACGCCGAAGCACCGUUGGGCCUGCUGCCCUGGUCUGCGGCGCCACCGGGAGGCGCUCCCGCCGCGCUGGCAGCACAUGAUGGCCACCAGCAGCGACCGAUGGCUGUGGGACCGGGCGCUGCUCCCUCAUCCAGGUCUUCGCCGACCCUUCCAGGCCCAGGCCCUCGAGGAGCAUUGGGAAGGGGAGGACUGCUACCUCACGGGGGACGUCGGCACCGAUGGCAGCUUGAAGGGGCGCUGGAAGUGGCUCGGCCCAGGGGGCUGGGCAGCCGUGAUGAUGGACCCCGAGGGCGCCGUCGUUCAAGUGGCAGCGUGGGGACCGCUGCCUCAGAGCUUGCCCGUGCACCGGAACAUUGACCGGGCCGAGUUGCAGGCCAUCGAGCGCGCCCUGGCGCAUGCCCUCCCACCGCUGGUCCUGCAUGUCGACAGGCAGUCUGUCCUCGAUGGAGUGGCCGCUGGUGAGCGGUGGUGCACCGCCUCGCGUCGCCCGAACGCAGACCUGUGGCGACAAGUAUGGGCGAGGCUGCGGGACAUCGGUCUGGGCCCCAACGGCGUGCAGUUCCGCAAGGUGAAGGCCCAUCGUUCCGCGGCCGUUGUGGCGACGCUGGAUUGCGAACAGCAGCGCAUCGCCCAGGUGAACAAGGCGGCGGACGAGCGCGCGGGCCGCGGAGCUGAAUGCGGCACCAACGUCAUGCUGCAGUAUGUCGACGAGGCCUGCCACGCAGCAGCGGAGAAGAUCCACUACGUGUUGAACUACCAGGCGGAGCUCACCACGCGGGUCUUGUACGAGCACUCCCGGUGGCCUGAUGUCCAGGAGCUGCCGAAGUCUCGCCAGGGCGCCCCGCCCUCAAUCCAGCUCGUGCCCGACCCGGCUCAGGCACACGACAUUCAGCGUCGGCCGGGUGGCCGGUGGGAGUGCGUGAGAUGCCACCGCCGGGCGCCGCUGCAAGUGCUGCGGGACGAAUGCUGCAGAGGGCACAUCGCCGCGAACCUCCCCAUAGUGUUCACGACGGCCGGCGCUGUCUCCAACGGCCAUCGACUGUGGAGGACGUCGACGUGGAUCUGGCGCCAGCGAUGCGGCCAGCACGCACAGCGCACACGCACAGCGGCCAGCACGCACAGCGAUGCGGCCAGCACGCACAGCGAUGCGGCCUCCGUGGCGAGUGCCUUGGCCGCCCCGGGCAGCCGUGGCGCCUGGUGAACCUGCGCGCGGGGAGGGAGCCGAAUGCCCACGUCGCCGAUCCUCCGGUGGGGGUUCCAGCCCCCCUCACCGAGGCAGAAUGGGAAGAAUGGCGGGCGCGGCGCGGGUGAGCGGGCCGCCGCGCGGGGGCUGAGGGUGCCGACAUAGUGUAACUAUGCCGGCGUGCAGGCGGCUCUGUCACACCGUGACCUGCCGUCGCUAAUCUGCGCCGACCCGCUUCCGCCG